CUACCUUUGCCCCUGACUCGCAUUCUGCUCCCAUCCGAGCAGCCAGACCUCACCACCACAAUGCUGGGCAUCAGGGUAUUCCUACAGAAAAUCCUGAUUCUUCUGCAGGUUACUCUGUCUGUUGUUGUUGGCAAAACACUGAUGAUACUGUUCCCCAAUGCCAUGAAAAGGUACAUCCUAAAGAUGGGCGAGAAGAGCAGAAUGAACCAGAAUCCAAAGUUCAGCUACGAAAACUGGGGCCCGACUUUUUUCAGCUUCAAGUAUUUGCAGUUUGUGCUGAAGGUGAAGUGGAAGAGGCUGGAGGAUGAAGCCUACGAGGGACACCCUGCUCCCAACACGCCGGUGGUGACCCUCGCUGGGGAAGUUUGUCACCUCCUGGAUUUCAUGGAAGAUAACCGACCUUUAAUCCUGAAUUUUGGAAGUUGCACCUGACCUUCAUUUAUGCUAAAAUUUGAUGAGUUCAACAAGCUCAUCAAAGAUUUCAGCUCAAUAGCAGAUUUCCUUAUCAUCUACAUUGAGGAAGCUCAUGCAGUAGAUGGAUGGGCUUUUAAAAACAAUGUCAUUAUUAAAAAUCACAGAAGCCUUGAAGAUCGAAAAACUGCAGCACAAUUUCUUCAGAAAAAUCACCCUUUAUGUCCAGUGGUUUUAGACACUAUGGAAAACCUGAGCAGUUCAAAAUAUGCUGCACUGCCAGAACGACUCUACCUGCUUCAAGGAGGGAAGGUCAUCUACAAGGGAGGAGUGGGGCCUUGGAACUACCACCCCCAGGAAAUACGUGCCAUCCUGGAAAAACUGGAACAAGAAGAGGACUUCAAAGUAAAAACGAUUCGGACAAAGAAGUUCAAAAAUAAUUUGUCACAGACCUAAGUCUAAGGAACAGAAAAAGAAUUUUAAAACAGCCAUAAGACAAGAAAAGAAUGUUGUAUGUGCAUGUAGGGAGCAUCUGGAAUGAGAUUCAUUAUGUUGGUCUAGAAGCUUUCAAGUGUCAUCCCUACAACACCAACUUCUGUUCUGUAGUAACUUACUACUCUUAUACCACAUGAGUAGUGUGGGAGCUGAGUCCACUGAGGAUACCAACAUUUACACUUGUAGGGAAUAUCCUGCAGGAUAAACUUCAGGGUGGUGACAUUUGCACGAGUCCACUAGCAUGCAAAGACUGAUUGCCCAUUACUAUACACAUUGCACUUAAAUAUUUAAAAUUUCCCUGUCAUUGACUUCAGGAGGCUUCUCAGCAAGACAAUCUCUAUCAACAUCUGUUUCCAUGAGUAUUUGUUAUGAUGGUCCCAGCAUAAAGCACUGGCAGCUGUGACCUGAUUCUAGAAAAUACUUAUUGAAACAAGGGAUUGAUCUGCAAUUAUUAAAGGUCUAUCAAAGCA